AACUCUGGAAGGAGAACAGAAGCAUCAGACGAGGAACAGCGUUUUCUUCAGGCUGCAGGUGAGUUCACACAGGUGAGACUGAAGAACCGUAGAAUGGAAUUCAUGUUUGUGUGAUGUUGUGGUUCCUGCAGAUCAUCAGAGAUCUAAACUGACUUCAGAUCUUCAUCGCUUCACUUCAGCCCAGCAGUGAUGAUGAAGAUUCCUUCAGUCCUCCUCCUCCUCCUGGCUCCAAUGUUAGCUAGCUGCUUUGUGCGCUACCUGCCAGAAGACUGCAUGGACAUCCACAACCAGGACAAGACACUGAAAAGUGGAGUGUUCACCAUCUACCCCUCUGGUUCCACGUCUGCUGUGGAGGUCUACUGUGACAUGGAGACAGACGGAGGCGGCUGGACGGUUUUCCAGAGGAGGAUGGACGGCUCUGCGAACUUCUACAGACCCUGGAACGAGUACAAGUCUGGUUUUGGUAGAGCUUCUGGAGAGUACUGGCUCGGUCUGGAGAACAUCUACGGGAUGACACGUCGAGGGAAUCAUGAGCUUCGGGUCGACAUGGAGGACUUUACCAAAAAAAGAGCAUAUGCUCGUUACUCCUCCUUCUCGAUUGAUGCUGAAUGUGACGGAUACACCCUCCAUGUGUCUGGAUUCAGAAAUGGAGGAGCCAAGGACGCUAUGACUUAUCACAACGGCCGAAAGUUCUCCACCUUUGACAAAGACCAGGACACCUCGGGAGAUAACUGUGCCAAAUCAUUAUUAGGGGCAUUUUGGUAUGCAAACUGUGACCAUACUAACCCCAACGGUGUUUAUCGCUGGGGGUAUGAUAAUACCAUUGGCGCUAUUGGGGUGGAGUGGGGUCCCUGGAAGGGUCUUAACUAUUCUCUGAAGAGCAUGAGCUUCAUGAUCCGUCCUGUGAAAUAAAUCUGUAGGACAAACGUUCAGCCGUGCAGCUUGGUCUGCUGUGUGAUUACAAACUAUCUUUAGAAUCAUUUAAUCAGAAUCUGACAUAACAAAAAUCAAAUGGUGAUUGUGAGCAGCUGCUGCUGCGUCUCUGGUGGAGGUUUCAUUUAUGAACUGAAUCAUUUACUGCUGACAAUAAACAAGAAGCAAAGCAA